GCGGAAGCAGCGAGGGCGGCGGGCGUCCGGCUGCGAGCGCGGCGGCUCCGGGCUGGGCCACCCAGGGGCGGCUCCGGGCGGCAGCGCGGCUGAGCGCUCAGUUCUACGGUUCCAGCCCGUGGUCUCCGUCCCGACGCCUGCGCCGCGCACUCGGCGUCCCGGCUCGGACCCCGGCGCCCAGCCCGUGGCCGUAACCUUGAGGCGGCGGCGGGGCCGGGCCGGGCCGGGCUGGGGGGCGGCGGCACUGGAUCCGAGGCCGGCCGGCCGCUGGCGGGAGAUGUCGAACCCCGGGACCCGUAGGAACGGCUCCAGCAUCAAGAUCCGUCUGACAGUAUUGUGUGCCAAGAACCUUGCAAAGAAAGACUUCUUCAGACUCCCCGACCCCUUUGCCAAGAUUGUUGUGGACGGCUCUGGGCAGUGCCACUCAACCGACACUGUGAAAAACACCCUGGACCCAAAGUGGAACCAGCACUAUGACCUGUAUGUUGGGAAAACCGACUCGAUAACCAUCAGUGUGUGGAACCACAAGAAGAUCCACAAGAAGCAGGGGGCUGGCUUCCUGGGCUGCGUGCGGCUGCUCUCCAAUGCCAUCAGCAGAUUGAAAGAUACCGGCUACCAGCGUUUGGAUCUAUGCAAACUAAAUCCCUCAGAUACUGAUGCAGUUCGUGGCCAAAUAGUGGUCAGUUUACAGACCCGAGACAGAAUAGGUGGUGGAGGGUCGGUGGUGGACUGCAGGGGACUGCUGGAGAGCGAAGGAACGGUAUAUGAAGACUCAGGCCCUGGAAGGCCGCUCAGCUGCCUCAUGGAGGAACCUGCCCCGUAUACAGAUGGCACCGGUGCAGCGGCAGGAGGUGGGAACUGCAGAUUUGUGGAGUCUCCAAGCCAAGAUCAGAGACUCCUGGUACAGCGACUCCGAAAUCCUGAGGUUCGAGGAUCCCUACAGACACCCCAGAACCGACCACAUGGCCACCAGUCACCGGAGCUGCCUGAAGGCUAUGAGCAAAGGACAACAGUGCAGGGACAAGUUUACUUUUUGCACACGCAGACUGGAGUCAGCACAUGGCACGACCCCAGGAUCCCCAGUCCCUUGGGGACCAUUCCGGGGGGAGAUGAAGCUUUUCUAUACGAAUUCCUUCUACAAGGCCAUACAUCCGAGCCCAGAGACCUUAACAGUGUGAACUGCGAUGAACUUGGGCCACUGCCUCCAGGCUGGGAAGUCAGAAGCACAGUGUCGGGAAGAAUCUAUUUUGUAGAUCACAAUAAUAGGACAACCCAGUUUACAGACCCACGGCUUCACCACAUCAUGAAUCACCAGUGCCAACUCAAGGAGCCCAGCCAGCCGCUGCAGUUGCCCAGUGAGGGCUCCGUGGAGGACGAGGAGCUUCCUGCCCAGAGAUAUGAGAGGGAUUUAGUCCAGAAGCUUAAAGUUCUCAGACAUGAGCUCUCUCUUCAGCAGCCCCAAGCUGGUCAUUGUCGCAUAGAAGUUUCCAGAGAAGAAAUAUUUGAGGAGUCAUAUCGCCAGAUCAUGAAGAUGCGACCAAAAGACCUGAAGAAGCGCCUUAUGGUGAAGUUCCGGGGGGAGGAAGGCUUGGACUAUGGUGGAGUGGCUCGGGAGUGGCUGUAUUUGUUGUGCCAUGAAAUGUUGAAUCCGUAUUAUGGACUCUUCCAGUAUUCCACGGACAAUAUUUACACACUGCAAAUCAACCCAGAUUCUUCUAUCAACCCUGACCAUCUGUCUUACUUCCACUUUGUGGGUCGCAUCAUGGGUCUGGCUGUGUUCCAUGGACACUACAUAAACGGGGGCUUCACAGUUCCUUUCUACAAGCAGCUCCUGGGAAAACCCAUCCAGCUGUCGGAUCUGGAGUCAGUGGACCCAGAACUUCACAAGAGCUUGGUGUGGAUUCUAGAGAAUGACAUCACGCCAGUACUGGAUCACACCUUCUGCGUGGAGCACAAUGCUUUCGGGCGGAUCCUUCAGCAUGAACUGAAACCCAAUGGCAGAAAUGUGCCUGUCACUGAGGAGAACAAGAAGGAGUAUGUGCGGUUGUAUGUGAACUGGAGGUUUAUGAGAGGAAUCGAAGCCCAGUUCCUAGCGCUUCAGAAAGGGUUUAACGAACUCAUUCCCCAACACUUACUGAAGCCCUUUGACCAGAAGGAACUAGAGCUGAUAAUAGGCGGCCUGGAUAAGAUAGACCUGAAUGACUGGAAGUCCAACACUCGGCUGAAGCACUGUGUGGCAGACAGCAACAUCGUCAGGUGGUUCUGGCAGGCGGUGGAGACCUUCGAUGAGGAGAGGGGAGCCAGACUCCUGCAGUUUGUGACAGGAUCCACACGAGUUCCUCUCCAAGGCUUCAAGGCUCUGCAAGGCUCUACAGGCGCGGCAGGGCCCCGGCUCUUCACCAUCCACCUGAUUGACGCCAACACCGACAACCUGCCCAAGGCCCACACCUGCUUUAACCGGAUUGACAUCCCACCCUAUGAGUCCUAUGAGAAGCUCUAUGAGAAGCUGCUGACCGCGGUGGAGGAGACCUGUGGCUUUGCCGUAGAGUGAAGAGCAGCCCGUGGCCACACAGUCUUGCUCACAACCACCAGACCCAAAGCAUAUGGCGUCUGCGCGCCUCCCGCAUGGCGGGCGGAGGCCUGAGAUUCCAGAAACCGAGGGAAAAGGCUCGUCUCCCUCCUCCUUUGGAGAAGGCAGGCCAGGGGACUUUCAUAGGUGGCUCCCACCCACUUAUUCCUCCUUUAUUAUAGUUCGCCCACUCCUCCAUCACCCAUCCAAUAAAACGCAGCCAGGUUUCGCCCUCAGCCUCCUUGGCAUGGUGGGAAGGCUGUGGUGUCUCCGGGAGCAUCAACCAUGGUCAGGGCCAAGCUGGGCCCCGAGGGUUUGCGUGGCCUCUGUACCAGCUCUCCCUCUAACUGUAGCCGCAAAGCCCCCUUUCAAGUUCAGCAGCUGCCAAUAGCUUACUGAUCUCAAAUUCCAGAGGCCUCGCAGGCUCGCAGCCUGUCCAGAUAGCAGGUGGAUCUCCAAGCAGGAGAUGAAGGCAGUGAACGCUUGCUGGAACUCCACUGUGGUAGGACACAGUGUUUUCCCCUUUCAGAGGUAAAGGAAUUGCAGCAGCCUUCACUGGAAGCCUGGGUACUUUUCACAGUGUCCUGGCUAAAAAUAAGGUUUUGCAGGGGAAAAAAUCUUUAAAAGUACAAUUUGCUGUGUUCUCUACCCAGUUUGAAAUUAUCACGUCAUGGAGCUAAGCAAAGAAUAACCAAAACCAGCCUCAGACCCCUGGGUCCAGCUCUGUUUCUGUGCCUGGGGAUCCAGAGGCUCCCAGCUGUCUUGAAAUGGACUCACAUAUGGGGAUUGCUAAGAGCUAAACUAACAGAACAACUUUGUCACCACAGCCAUUGGGUGGAACAGCAGGAGAGGCCGCUGACCUGGGGUCCCCUGAUGUAGCUCCCCAGGGUUGGUGCUGUGCACAGAGCAGGGUGUGAUGGGGCGCAUGGCAACAGGGUGGGGGCUUUACCUCCCUACAUGGCCCUCUUCCCCAUGGCAGCGGUGAUGCUAACAGUUCUACUCAGUUUGCUUGCUCAGUCUCCGAGCAAGGCCAAAGCCAGCCUAACACACGUCUAACAGCACUUCCGGUCGCACACGGCUUCACAGACGUUGACUCUUGCAGCCGAGCAGCUGGACUUAGAUAGCUGAGCUCUGGUGGAAGGCAGGGCAGCAGCCAGGUUUCCAUUUGUAGUUUUGUUGUUUUUGUUUGUGGUGGGGGUGAGAACAGGGUAAUUCAUUAGCAAGACAUUUCAUUGGUACCGGGGCUCAGGUUCAGCCACGAGUUCAAGUUGUAUGGGAGAUGAUCAGGAAGGUCCUGUUGGGACACUGGCUUUUGUGGUUUUUCUGUUGCUUCCCCUCAGGCUGAGGGUAGGGAAGUGUCCGCUGCUUCUGUCCAGUGUGGUCUGAAGCAGUGCUGAGGUGAUCGGGGGAGUGGAUUCAUAGGGCACAUACACCCCCUAACUGAAGAGGUUUGUCCAGCUUGGCCACUGGCACUACAGAGCAUGAGUCAGCUGCACUCUGGGUUGCCAGGGUGAGGAUGCUAGGUAGACCUCACUGCACAAGGACCGAACCCACCCCACCUCCCAGGCCAGACUGGGGCCUUAUUAGUCUCUCAAUUCUGCCUUGCCCCAGUAGGGCUUCUGUAAUUCAUCUACCUUCAAGCUUCUGAGGGUGUUCUAAAACCCAGCUCCCUCGUGACUCGUGGAUUUAAAAGGCGCAAGGAAGCCUGUGUCCUGAGUCUCAGCCAGUCCAUAGGAAGCAGCCAGCCCACACAGUGACACACUUUCUGGAGACCAGAACCCCUGCCUGUUGCCCUGGCACCGUCCCAGACUGCAGUGAUGAAGGACACCAGGGUUCUAUGCUUCGGGGAUGUGUGCAGGAGUGUCAGGUCAUACUGUUUGUGCCUCGGGAGUGAUGCGGGACAAGCCUUAGGAGUCCCGUGUCAGAUGCCCUCAGAGGAAGAUCCAGAGGCUGGGCCCUUCGGGGCCGACUGGCUGGCACACGCCACCCACUGAGGCUUCUAACAGUCACUGUGCCUGCACUGCUCGUGGGUUCCCCUCAUUGCCGGUUCUGAGUGUCACAACCUCCCCCAGGUCUGUUCAUGCGCAGCACUGUCGUCUGUUGGUAGCGCUGCACUUCCUUGUCUGUCUACCAUGGUUAGGCCCUUCUGACGCUCCUCAAAGACACUGCGUGGCCGGCCCACGGCACAGCUCCUGGUUGCCCUGCUUGGGUCUGGGUGAAGCCCUUUCAUGUCAGACCUCGGUCGUCCUAGUGGCCCCCAUCACCCAGACGCUUCAGGAGUCCGGCCCUCCAGGCUCCCCUCACCAGCGGCCGGCAGCCACACUCAGGGACGCAGCAAACACCACUCUGCUCGGCAGUGCUUCAGAGAGGACACCAGGCUGCAGCGGUGGUGUGGCAGCAGGUCGCCGUCUCCUGCUGUCUGUGAGGAGACUCUGCCACAAGAUGAGCCGCUAACCCCUGCCCUGGCUUGGCCACAAGGUCAGGUUCAGGUCGGGUGAACGCUGGGCUGACCUGCAGAGAACACGCCUCACCCUACCGCAGCCUGGGGCCACGUGGCAGCCUUCUGAAACAGUGUGGAUUUUUAAACUGUGUUUAUAAUGUAUUCUUAUUUAUUUUGUAAGGUCCUGUUUGAAGUGCUGCUGCUACCCCUAGUUGCUCCCCCAGUUUUUAUUGCCCAUUUACCUGUGACAGUUGUACACUAAUGUUCUAUGUCAGAAUGGAAAGUAUUUAAAGAAAUGCUAGUUCUAUUUAAUGCAGUUGUGGAACCAGCUGGAAACACAAAACGUUGACUGUAGAGCAGGCUGGACCCGGGAGGUCAGGUUCAUUUUGUUACAUAUGCAAUAAACUCACAACUUUACUUUUU